AUGGAACUCACUACCACCGUCGCCUGCCUCAAUUGCCGAGAAAGACAUCUCAAGUGCGACGGCAAUUCUGCAGGAUGUGCUCGCUGCCAGUCUCUGGGUCUUUCCUGCCGCUUUGUCGCCUCUCGUAGAGGGCGCAAGACACGCCCAGCCAUACUGGCUCGAUCCAUUCUGCCAGAUCCUCAACAGUCUGGGUUCUUUACGGACCGGGAUCGUGGCCGCCAGUGGAUCUCGCUUUACUACCUACACUUUCACCCGGCACACCCCUUUCUCCCCCCAAUGGAAGUCCUGCUGGAGUCUGGCCCUCCCUCGUACCUGCUGGACAUCAUGGAAUUUAUCAGUCUACAUUAUCUGUCCCCUCAGAUUAUUCACGACACCAGCGAGAUCCUCCAGAAGGUACAGGCAGCGGACCUCACUGUCGAAAAAGCGCAGGCUUUUCUCCUCCUGGCGAUCACGCAGCAUGGGCGACAGCAAGCCCACGAAGCCCGAUCUUGUUUAGGCCAGGCCCUGCAAAGUGCGUUGGAGCUGGGCCUUGACUGUCGCGAGGCCUCUGACAUGGUCAGUGUGGAUGCCUCAGUUCGGGCCGAGAGUCUUCGACGCACCUGGUGGGAGAUCGUGGUGGUCGAUGUGCUACUCGCAGCAGUACAGGUGGACGGGUAUUUAGAGUAUGAAAUGACCGCGACCCCCAAUGUACCUCUUCCCUGCGGACUAGAAGAGUAUGAACUAGGCUGUACCAUGAUUCCCCUCCCUACCCUUGCCGACAUGGAGCAAAACAGUCUCUUCUGCGGUGAUGUCGAGUUCUCCCCUUGCGCUUAUAGAAUUGAGGCUGCUAUGCUACUGCGGAAAUGUAUGCGCGCGGGCCAGACGCAUGCCACCCAGGAAACACUCGACGUGCUCAGCGCCGCCAUCACUGCCUGGUUUCAUCGACUACCCUCCAGUCGACGCUCCAUUCUCCAGCCGAGCGGCAUGCUGGACGAGAUGAUGAUGCAGGCCGUGAUGCUGAUGCACUGCGCCACCAUCUACCUGCACUUUUCUCGCUCGUGUCUUCUACUGUAUCUUCCCGUCACCAGUCGCAUCCUUUGUUCAUCGCCGCCCUGCUUCAUCGCCACCUCGGUCGACCCUCAACUGCACACGGCAAAGGUGGCGGAGGGCGCCGCACAACUGUCCCGGCUGGCGUCUUUGUCGACCUCAGUCGUCAACCGUAGUCCUUUCUUUGCCUGCACGCUUGUCCUGAGCUCCAUUAUCCAGGUCGCAGUCAUGCUCAGCGAUGGUCCGUCCCUCUCCGGGGCCAGGCAACAGUAUCUAGGGCUAAACCUGGCGGUCCUCAAGUCGAUGGGGAAGACAUGGCCAAUUGCUGCCAGCGCCAUGCAACGAAUUCGUCAAGCGGUAAUCGAAGUACACACGGCGGUUUCGUGCGACACUCGUCCGUUGCUUGACGUAUUUUAUCCUGCUUGCUGA